AUGAGCGGCUUCCAGAAUAACAACUCGUCAUCCUCCCUCCCUCCUGUUGAGGAGAAGGAUAUCGAGAUUAUCACGACUCACCAUGCCAGCGAGGGCAUGUUCUCGGAAGAGAAGUAUGAACCAACAUCUAAUGCGCCUGCAUCGUCAGACGGCACACAGUCAGACAACGACACCAGCAGCACUAUCAGCGAACCCAAGCAGGCUCCUCUGUCCAAGUUCCAGGCCAUCGCCCUCACGACCACCGCAACCGGCGCAUGCUUCUUGAACACCCUCUCUAUCCAGGCCGUGGUCAUCAUCCUUCCAACCAUAGGCCGAGACCUCAACAUCCCCGAAUCUCGCGUUCAAUGGAUCGUCUCCGCCUACUCUCUCACCUUUGGCUGCUUCCUUCUCCUCUGGGGUCGCAUUGCAGAUAUCUAUGGCAAACGUCUCAUCUUCGUCCUCGGCACUGCUUGGCUUGCCGCUACGACUGUUGCGUGUGCCUUCAUUCCCAACGAGAUCGCCUUUGACUUCGUUCGCGGCCUGUCAGGUCUCGGUGCCGCCGCAAAUGUUCCCACAGCAAUCGGCAUCUUGGGGACCACAUUCCCGCCAGGCAAAGCCAAGACGUAUGCCUUCGCAGCCUACGGCGCUGGCGCCCCCCUCGGAAGCAUCUUCGGCAACAUUCUCUCUGGCAUCAUCGCCGAAUACGCCAACUGGAAAUGGGUGUUUGGUGUCCUGGCGCUUCUGGCUGGUCUCGUUGCCAUUGCUGGUGUUUUCGUCUUUCCUGCCGAGGCUGUCACACUACACAAGAAGGGCGUGAGCACGAAGAAGUCCGUCGACUGGAUCGGAGGUGGUCUCAUCACCGUGGGUCUUCUCGCGCUCAUGUUGGCAUUGACGGAGGGUAACGUCGUCGGCUGGCGCACGCCCUGGAUCUCAGUCCUCCUCGUCAUCUCCCUCAUCAUCAUCGCUUCUUUCUGGUUCUGGCAACGCCACUUGGAGUUCAAGACCAACCGCCCUCCUCUGAUGAAGACCUCAAUCUUCCAAAGCGUCAGAUUCUGCGCAGCCAUGGCCAUUAUGGCUCUGUUCUUCUCAUCAUUCAACAACUUCCUCACCUACGCGACAUACUUCUACCAGCAAUACCAGGGUCAAUCGAUCAUCACCACGACUCUUUACUUUCUUCCCACUGGUGUGGCUGGAAUUCUCGUUGCAUGGGCCGCAGCGCUUCUCAUCUCUCGAGUGCCCACAUACUUGCUACUGGUCUGUGGCAGCGCCUCCGUCUCCAUUGCUUGCCUGCUGUUUGCGAUACCCAUCCCAUCUACGACGUCGUACUUCGCCUACGGUCUGCCGGCCAUGAUUCUGGCAGUCAUUGGUUCAGAUACAGCCUGGCCAUCUCUCAUUCUGUUCGUCUCCAAGUCACUUCCUCAAGAAGACCAGGCCCUGGGUGGAGCGCUUGUCAACUCUGUCGGCCAGGUCGGUCGAUCCAUUGGUCUGGCUCUUUCGACUGCCGUUCAGACAGCCGCCAUGGCAAACUCCAGGGGCACAUCGGUGGAGGAUGUGGGGCCUGUUAUGGAAUGGGACCAACCUUCAUUGGAUGGUCUCAGGGCAGCUUCUUGGAUGAACUUUGCCCUGGGCAUCACCUCCCUUGUCAUUGUUUGUGUUUUCUUCAGGAGUUCAGAGAUUGUUGGCAAGGCCGAUUCACCUGAGUCGAAGAGGGACGAGGAGGCGGCUACGACUACAACAGAAGUCGACGUUGAGAAGAGGUAG